AGUUUCCGGCGGACUCGGCCCAGCGCCGCUUCCUGUCCUCCCGACCCCGCCGCCUCACGCUGCCGGCCCGGCUCGCAGCUCGCCCCGACCCCCUAGCCGGGACGUCCCGGCGGUGCCCCCGGCCUCAUGCAAUCCCGGCUCCUUCUCCUCCGGGCAUCCGGCGACCACGGCGGCGCGGCCUCCCGGCGAGUGCGGCUGCUCCUGCGGCAGGUGCUGCCGGGCCGGCCGGGCGGCGACAGGCAGCGGCCGGAGGUUCGACUGCUGCACGCCGGGGCCGACGCAGGUGAUACAGUAAAUAUUGGAGAUGUAUCCUACAAGUUGAAGACUCCCAAGAACCCAGAACUUGUGCCACAGAACUACAUUUCAGACUUUCUGGCUCAAUCUGUAGUUCAGCAUCUAAGAUGGAUAAUGCAGAAGGACCUUUUGGGGCAAGAUGUUUUCCUGAUAGGACCUCCUGGGCCUCUUCGACGCUCUAUUGCUAUGCAGUACUUGGAGCUGACCAAACGGGAGGUUGAAUACAUUGCCCUGUCAAGGGAUACCACUGAAACUGAUCUCAAACAGCGACGAGAGAUCCGUGCAGGCACGGCUUUUUACAUUGAUCAGUGUGCAGUUCGUGCAGCCACAGAAGGCCGAACUCUCGUUUUGGAAGGCUUGGAAAAGGCGGAGAGGAAUGUUCUGCCUGUUUUGAACAACCUGCUGGAAAAUAGGGAGAUGCAGCUUGAAGAUGGACGCUUCCUGAUGUCUGCCGAGCGUUACGACAAACUUCUCCAAGAUCAUACCAAAACAGAGUUGGAUGCUUGGAAGAUUGUCAGAGUCAGUGAAAAUUUCCGAGUAAUCGCCUUGGGAUUGCCAGUGCCGAGGUAUUCUGGGAAUCCAUUAGACCCCCCUCUCCGUUCUCGAUUUCAAGCCAGAGAUAUUUAUUAUCUACCCUUCAAGGACCAAAUUAAACUAUUAUAUUCAGUUGGAGCUAAUGUUUCUGCUGAGAAAGUUUCUCAGCUCUUAUCCUUUGCCACAACUCUCUGUUCACAAGAAUCAUCUACUCUUGGACUUCCAGAUUUUCCUUUAGAUAGUUUACCAGAUGCAGUUCAAAUCCUGGAUUCCUUUCCCAUGAUGUCAAUCAAGCAUGCAAUCCAGUGGCUUUAUCCAUACACUAUUUUACUAGGGCAUGAAGGGAAGAUGGCUGUGGAAGGUGUUUUAAAACGCUUUGAACUCCAAGAUUCAGAAAGCUCCCUGCUUCCUAAAGAGAUUGUACGAGUAGAGAGGAGAACUGAAAACCAUGUCUCCCAAGCUUUUGUGACUAUCCGGAUUGCAGAAAAAGAGAUGACCAUUAAGGUACCAGCUGGGACCAGGCCAUUAAGGCAACCUUGUGCAUCAGACCGUUUCAUACAGACUUUAAGCCAUAAGCAGCUACAGGCUGAAAUGAUGCAGUCUCACAUGGUUAAGGAUAUAUGUUUAAUUGGAGGAAAGGGUUGUGGAAAAACAGUCAUCGCUAAGAACUUUGCUGAUACCUUAGGAUACAACAUAGAACCGAUUAUGCUCUAUCAGGAUAUGACAGCUCGUGACCUGCUACAGCAGAGGUACACUCUUCCAAAUGGAGAUACUGCCUGGCGCUCCUCUCCCCUUGUGAAUGCUGCUCUGGACGGCAAGCUGGUCCUGCUGGACGGCAUCCAUAGGGUCAAUGCAGGCACACUUGCUGUGUUGCAGAGGUUAAUCCACGAUCGAGAGUUGAGCCUCUAUGAUGGCUCUAGGCUGCUGAGAGAAGACAGGUAUAUGCGCUUAAAAGAAGAGCUGCAAAUGUCUGAUGAGCAGCUACAGAAGAGAUCCAUUUUUCCUAUCCAUCCUUCCUUCAGGAUCAUUGCCUUGGCAGAGCCCCCUGUUAUUGGAAGCACUACACAGCAGUGGCUGGGACCAGAAUUCUUAACCAUGUUCUUUUUCCAUUACAUGAAACCGCUUGUCAAAAGUGAAGAAAUCCAAGUGAUUAAGGAAAUGGUCCCAAAUAUACCUCAGGAAGCUUUGGAUAAAUUAUUAUCGUUUACACACAAACUUAGAGAGACACAGGAUCCAACGGCACAGUCAUUGGCGGCAUCACUUUCUACCAGACAACUGUUACGCAUUUCUCGUCGGCUGUCGCAGUACCCUAACGAAAGUCUUCACAGUGCUGUUACGAAAGCCUGCCUUUCCAGGUUUCUACCAAGCCUUGCUAGGAUAGCAUUAGAAAAAAAUCUGGCAGAUGCUUCAAUAGAAAUAAGUACUAAUGACAAUGUGGAACCAGAACUGAAGGAUUACAAAUGUGAAAUCACAUCUGGAUCUCUGAGGAUUGGUGCUGUUAGUGCACCAAUCUAUAAUGCCCAUGAGAAAAUGAAAGUGCCUGAUGUUCUGUUCUAUGACAACAUUCAGCACAUGAUAGUGAUGGAAGAUAUGCUCAAAGACUUUCUUCUUGGAGAACACUUAUUAUUGUUGGCAACCAGGUGAGGUGUAGGAAAAAACAAGAUUGUUGACAGAUUCCUUCACCUGCUCAACAGACCCCGAGAAUAUAUCCAACUGCAUAGGGACACCACAGUACAAACUCUUACUCUUCAGCCUUCAGUUAAAGAUGGACUUAUUGUGUAUGAAGACUCACCUUUGGUUAAAGCAGUAAAGUUGGGUCAUGUUCUGGUAGUAGAUGAAGCAGAUAAAGCCCCAACAAAUGUCACCUGUAUUUUAAAAACUCUAGUAGAAAAUGGAGAAAUGAUUCUAGCAGAUGGAAGACGCAUUGUUGCAAAUUCUACUAAUGUGAAUGGAAGAGAAAAUGUUGUAGUGAUUCAUCCCGAUUUUAGGAUGAUUGUUCUGGCCAACAGACCUGGAUUUCCUUUCCUAGGCAAUGAUUUCUUCGGUACCCUAGGUGAUAUUUUUAGCUGCCAUGCAGUUGAUAACCCCAAACCCCACUCAGAGCUCAAUAUGCUCAGACAGUAUGGACCAAAUGUGCCUGAGCCCAUCCUUCAAAAGCUUGUGGCUGCCUUUGGAGAGCUGAGGAGUUUGGCUGACCAGGGGAUUAUUAACUAUCCUUAUUCUACCAGGGAAGUUGUCAACAUAGUAAAACAUUUACAGAAAUUUCCCACUGAAGGUCUCUCCAGUGUGGUUCGGAAUGUGUUUGACUUUGAUUCCUACAACAAUGACAUGAGGGAGAUUUUAAUUAACACUUUGCACAAAUACGGGAUACCUAUUGGAGCAAAACCUACCAGUGUGCAGCUGGCAAAGGAGUUGCCUCUGCCAGAGCAGACAUUCAUGGGCUACUGGACAAUUGGUCAGGCAAGAAGUGGAAUGCAAAAACUCUUGUGUCCGGCAGAAACUCAUCAUGUAGACAUAAAGGGUCCAGUACUUAUAAACAUACAGGAAUAUCCAAUAGAAAGACGUGAAGAAAGAUCUCUAAACUUUACUGAAGAAUGUGCUUCCUGGAGGUUACCAUUGGAUGAAAUUAAUUUAAUCUGUGACAUUGCUACAUCACAUGAAAAUGAGGAAAAUACUCUCUAUGUAGUUGCAUGCAAUCCUGUUUCCUUAUACUUUAUGAAUAUGACUGGGAAAAGUGGCUACUUUGUGGACUUUUUUAACAUCUUCCCAAGAACAGCCAGUGGAGUUUGGCACCCAUUUGUGACAGUGGCACCGCUGGGAAGUCCCCUCAAGGGUCAAGUGAUUCUCCAUGAGCAGCAGAGUAAUGUCAUCCUGUUGUUAGAUACCACUGGCCGGGCCCUUCAUCGUCUUGUCCUUCCUUUAGAAGAGGUUAUAUCUAAGAAACCUUCCUGGUGGAACAAGGAGGAAGCUGAAACUUAUAAAAUGUGUAAGGAAUUUUCGCACAAAAACUGGCUAGUAUUCUACAAAGAAAAAGGGAACAGCCUGACUGUGCUGGAUGUUCUAGAAGGGAGAACUCACACCAUCUCACUUCCCAUCAACCUCAAGACAGUUUUCCUUGUAGCUGAGGACAAGUGGCUUCUGGUGGAGAACGAAACAAAUCAGAAAUAUCUUUUAACUAAGCCUGCGCACAUCGAAUCUGAGGGCAGUGGGGUUUGCCAGUUGUAUGUGUUGAAAGAGGAGCUGCCUAGCACAGGGUUUGGAGUUACACAAGAAACAGAGUUCAGCAUACCUCAUAAAAUUUCAAGUGAUCAACUAUCAUCUGAAAAUCUAAGUUCAGCUGUGGGACAAAAGAUUGCCUCUCCCAACCGAAUUCUCUCAGAUGACAACAGUUAUGCUACAAUAGUUAUUGGUUUUCCAGAUCUCAUGUCACCCAGUGAAGUUUAUUCUUGGAAGAGGCCAUCAUCUUUGCAUAAACCAAAUGUCACUGAUACGGCAUUCUAUGGCAGAAAAAAGAAAAAUGGGACUCCAAAACAAAGCAAUUGUGUGACUCUUUUAGAUAGUAAUCAAGUAGUCAGGAUUUUGCCUCCAGGAGAAGUCCCUCUAAAAGAUGUCUACCCAAAAGAUGUUAGUCCUCCACAAACAGCUGGUUAUAUAGAAGUCACUGAUCUUCAAUCAAAGAAACUUCGAUAUAUUCCUAUUCCCAGAUCAGAAUCUCUCUCGCCAUACACUACGUGGCUGUCUACCAUUUCAGACACAGAUGCGCUGCUAGCUGAGUGGGGCAAAGGUGGCGUUGUUACUGUUGAUAUGGGAGGUCACAUCAGGCUUUGGGAAACUGGACUUGAACAUCUGCAACGAUCACUCAUGGAAUGGAGAAAUAUGAUUGGCCAAGAAGACGACAGACAUAUGCAGAUCACAAUCGACAGAGAUAGUGGUGAAGAUGUGAGCUUCCCCAAACACGGAAAGGAGGACCCCGACAACAUGCCGCACGUAGGCGGCAAUACCUGGGCUGGCGGAACAGGGGGAAGAGACACGGCAGGUCUGGGUGGCAAAGGAGGUCCUUACCGGCUGGACGCAGGCCACACAGUGUACCAAGUGUCUCAGGCCGAGAAAGACGCGGUUCCGGAGGAGGUCAAGAGAGCUGCGAGAGAGAUGGGCCAGAGGGCGUUUCAGCGGAGGCUAAAGGAGAUCCAAAUGAGUGAAUAUGACGCUGCGACUUACGAAAGGUUUUCGGGUGCUGUUCGGCGACAGGUGCAUUCCCUCCGAAUCAUCCUGGAUAAUUUACAGGCUAAAGGUAAAGAAAGACAGUGGCUAAGACACCAAGCUACUGGGGAACUAGAUGAUGCCAAGAUCAUUGAUGGGCUGACUGGAGAAAAAACCAUCUACAAACGUCGGGGUGAGCUCGAGCCACAACUGGGCAGCCCGCAGGAGAAACCUAAGCGUCUGAGCUUGGUGGUGGAUGUGUCUGGAAGCAUGUACCGCUUCAACGGGGUGGACGGCCGGCUUGAGCGCUCAAUGGAGGCUGUGUGUAUGGUCAUGGAAGCCUUUGAGAACUAUGAGGAGAAGUUCAAGUAUGACAUCACUGGGCACUCCGGAGAUGGCUACAACAUUGGCCUAGUUCCAAUUAACAAAAUCCCCAAGGACAAUAAGCAAAGACUAGAAGUUCUGAAGACAAUGCAUGCCCACUCUCAGUUCUGCAUGAGUGGGGACCACACGUUAGAGGGGACAGAACACGCCAUCAAGGAAAUUGUCAAAGAAGAAGCUGAUGAGUACUUUGUCAUAGUCUUGAGUGAUGCGAAUCUGUCACGAUACGGAAUACAUCCUACCAAGUUUGCACAAAUCCUAACAUGUAACCCUCAAGUAAAUGCUUUUGCCAUUUUUAUUGGAUCUUUAGGUGAUCAAGCAACCAGGCUUCAGAGAACUUUACCCGCUGGCCGGUCUUUCGUUGCCAUGGAUACCAAGAACAUCCCUCAGAUUUUACAACAGAUCUUCACCUCCACCAUGUUGUCAAGUGUUUAAGAAGUGUCUUUCAUCCACCCUGAUGACCCCAGGAUUUUAAAUAAGACAGGAAUAAAGAGUAUUCUAAAGAAAAGAAGGCAUCGGUAAAGUGAACCCAUGCAGUGACUGGGUAAUUCUGGCAUUCCUGGGUCUUCUUCCUACAUUUGCUCAGUCAUCAGAAUUCAGGAAAGCAGCCAGAAGGAAACUUGUGCUUGGAAAUCUACAACCAUUGAUGGCUUUAGAAGUCAUUAGAGGAAGCAAGUCGACCUGCAUUUUAAAAAAGGUCAGGGUUAAAGGAAGGUGGUUUUGAGAACUAUGGUGCUUGGUCCACUUCCAAAAACCCGAGGGAAAAAGAAUACCUUGCUUUUUGCCUUAACACAUCAUCUGGUUGCCUAUGAUAAGACAAGCAACCCCAUCAAACUGAGCCUUUGAUACCACAUUCUGAUAAUUACUUUUAUUUUUUCCUUGCUCUGCAUCGCCUAGCAAACAAUGAUUUUAUAGGAUUUAACCUAUAGAGGAAAAGUCCUUCCAACAGCAGUAUUUUAUAGAAGGUUGGAUUUUCUCAAUAAUUUCAUUUUCUUGGCCAAUGCCAAAAGGAAUCAAAUGAUCCUUGGAGUGCUUGCCUUCCCACAUGACUAUUCAAAGGCUCUUUCAAAAAUAAAUAACGAAUAUCCUAUUCUCCUUGCUGCUAGAACAGAAAAAGAAAGAUGUCUUGCCUCAAGUUUCCUGUUUCUUCUUGUUCUUCUAAGUGUUUCUCAAAAGAUUCACACUACUCCAUUCUGGUGUCCAAGAUGUAAUGCUCAAAGUAACAUAUGCGUGUAAGAAAAAUUAUUUAUUGAGAACGUUCAUAUAAAAACUACCUAAAGCAAUAUGGUAAUUACCCCAAUUUUAUCAUGAUAAUGUGUACAAUUUUAGCAUGAUACUUUUUCAAUGAUACACAUUGAAACACCACAUCAUAUAUCCCAUUAAUAUGUAUGGUUAUGUGUCAAUUAUAAAUAAAAUAAUAAUUUUUAAAAAUUACCUAUGGCAAAGUAAAAACAAGGCAGUAUGUUUGAACUAAAUAGUGAUUGGAGAUUUCUCUAGCUAUAAAAAAAAACAAACCUAUUUUUCAAGCCUCAUUCUUUUUUCUUUCAAAGUGUACCUUAUUCCCACCCACUCUUGGGCUGACCUUUAUUUUUGAUAGACUCAAUAUCACUUUGUUUAAAAUCGAAUGUUUCAGCAGAAGUCAUUCUGUCUUCAACCAUCUAAUAAAAAACUCCUUCAUUUAAUGGCAAAAUCAGAAAUGCCAGGGCACUAAUGAGUUAGAAAAACUGGUCUUAAGUUGGUAAAACCAGUCUUGUUAAUAAUGUUAUCCUGUUCACUCGUGUAUAUUGAAAUUGUACAAGUCCAUAAUUUCAUUUUAUUUAAUUAUAGGACAGAAGAAAAGGUAACACCCAUUUGUUCCACCACCCCAUCUCCCUAUCAUUAGCUGUCAAAGAAAUAAAAGCAGUCAGAUUUCUAACGAAGUACUACCCAGUAAGUUUGCAUGGCUUUCUUGUUUCUCUAGCCACUUGCUUACUCAGUGUAUUGAAUCAUCCAAUGAUGCAAACAAUUUCAAUCCAAUAAGCACCUUAAAAAAUGUAAUUGCAUUAAUAAUAACAGCAGCUAGCAUUUACUGAUUAUUUGCUGUGUACCAGGGAUACACUGAGUGAUUUCAAACAUUUCAUUCAGUCCUCACAAUCAAAACAUGUGAGAUGGAUAUUUUCAACCCUAUUUAACAGAUAAGGAGAAUGAGGCUUAGAGAGCUUGUCACGAUCCCAAGAUUCAUGAUACUAGACUAUUGAGUAACUAUUCGUCGUACUAUUAACAUCUCAUUUUACAAUAAAAAACUGAGGCUUAGAGAAGUUCAAGAACAUCAGCCGUGCUCUCAGCCAGGCAGGGGCAAAGUGGGCUCCCAGCGCCCGAGCCUUCCGUGCCUGGCGCUCUUGCAGUCCCACACCUUGUGCUGCAGCGUGCAGACCUACAUGUCGCACUCCUGCUGCCUUUUUCUCCUCUCUUCUUGUACUGUGUCCUCAUUCACAGAGCUUGCUUCCUUUCCCUUGUAUUUAAAAACUUUGCACACAAUCAGGCACUCGGAGGUGUGGGGACAGAGGACAUGGAACACCGCCAGGGGAACAUUUCUUGCUUCCUUCCUGGGCACAGCAGUGGACUGAAGAAGUAUCCAUCCAACUGGCAGCUUAACCCCAAAGGGUGCCCUUUGCUAGUGGGUCACUGCCCCUGAAAGCCUUUGGAAGUAGAAUCCAAGAGUGGUUAAAAGAACAGCCUCUUAACAAAUCCUCCCCGUGCAUAACUACCUGAGUAAGCAGAAGCCAUUUUCUUGACAUGGAAAGAAUGUUCUCAAGUAAUUUAAUUUCCUUUUCCAGACUGGCUAGACAUCCUUUGCAAUUGUUAUUUAAAAAAAAAAAAUAAAAGAACUCCUGGCUUUUCUUAUUUGUAAAAGGGAAAGAUGAGGGAGAAGGGGAGUGGACAGUGAGAUUUAUUUUCACUUCUUGCAAUACCUAAGAAGUGUAUGCAUUUAUUAUUAAAUGUACUUAAUUAUGGGCCACUCCAAGCUGUUCCCAGGCCCUUCUUAGGGCCAGGACGUUAUAAUAAAUGCAUUGUGUGCCUCAGGGGGGUUCCAUUGAAAGGCAUCUAACCCCUGUCCCCUUACUAAGCACAUGUAACGCUGAGAAGGUUCAUUGUUACCGUGAGCAGCCGGGAGGAAUGAAUGCUGUGAAUAGCCGCAGUAUAUGAUGCAUAUUCCCCCUGGAAUCCUUUGUGUGCCCGACAAAAUGACCUCAUCACAGAUGGGGCAGCUUGAGCUCACCCACAAGAAGUGGAUCAGAGCGGGAGUACUUAAAGGAAACCCAUCAGAUGUUUGGAAUGAAUCAUUUAAUUCUUUACACACUUUCCUGUGAGCUUCAGAGGAGGAAAAAUCCAUCAAUGCCAGCAAGAUUUUUUCUCUAAACAAACUGUAGGGCUUUGAAAACCAUUUAGAACUGGUUUUCAGUAGACAGCAUUGUCAGUGUUCCUGAAAGGCCAAUUCUGGAGGCUUCCACCCUCCCUCCACCUGGCUCCUUCCUGUGCCUGUCAGAUCAGGCAAAAUUAAAUUCCUCUGUGAAUAGAGCGGAGCCAUACAGGGACGAAGGGACCAGCAGGAAUAGUCGCUUGCUUGUUGCAUUGCUCUCUGUUCCCGGCAAUUGCAGUCAUAGAUGGUCCCCAAAUUCUAAGCCGGCCUCUCCUGCCUGGACAACUUUUCUGCAGUUGCAUCUCAGGAAUAGUCCAAAUGUCCACUUGUAUUUAGUAAAUUGUACAUAGCUUUUUCAUCUUUUUAAGAAAUAAAAUGUUCACCUUAAGAAUUUUUUUUCUUCCCAUUCACAUAUAUGGCUUUUAAAAAGACUUACAUGAAGAAUCCUGUUUGUGGACAGGGUUCUGCCAAAAAGUUUGUACCUAUUGCCCUUUUCUUUACCUUUUUUCCUCAGACUUGCUGUGGUAAAAGUACUAAAGAUAACAGAAGAGAAUUCCAAUUUUCCAUUCUUGGGGAGAAUUUACAAACUCUUGAUAGAAUUCAUCUGUAGAAAGGAAGUUCUGGAGCCUGCGUAGCUAUUAACCACCUGUGUAAACUUCAGCUACUCACUUGUGGGUGGCAAUUGAAUUAAAUCUAUGAAUUAAAGGAGUUGGACAAAAUGAUCCCUAACACUAAAAUCCCGUGUUCCAUUAUCUCACACGGGGAAUUGGCUUGUUCCCUCGUAUAGCUCACAAGAGCCAUAUGACUUGAGCAAAACUUCGUCUCAGAACCCUUACACACUCCAGAACCCUCCCAUUAGACAGAAGAUUUUGGCACCUAUAGCAACUGCCCUAACGAAAUAGCAUUGACUGAAUAUGCAGACAAAAAGUUACACAAACAUCAUUAGACAAGGGGGGCUUUCCCUCAUCAGCCGAACAGAUAUUUCUGCUUUGUAGUAAUUCACAAGAUGUCUAUUGUCUCAUACUUUGUACUUUGCUGCCUUAAAAUAGCAUGACACGCCUGCCAGUCUGCACAGUGGGACUAAAAAAAACCCAGGAAUUGGAAAACUACUGUGUGCCCAGAGCUGACCUUUGUGCUGUAGCUGAACAAUGCACGAUUGUGUUUUUAAUUGUUAAAUCCUGUAAACAAAAAUCUCCUCCAGAGAGGAAAAAAUGCUUGCCAAGCAAACAUCUCAAGUUAGGAAUGAUAUGACAACUCUUUUUUUUUUUUUUUUUUUGUGAGAUGAAGCGCUGUCUGGGGCGUUUGCCUUCAAACAGAGGCCGCGUCUGUUCUUGCAAGGCCGUGCACGUUGCCUUUGGAAUGCCAGGGUUACAUAAUCUUAAAAUCGAGUGGUGCUUGUGGUAUUUGGCCACUCAGAGCAAAGUAGAACGCUCUUUUGAAGUGGUUUGGAUCCCAAGGAUGGCAAGAACGUCAUGUUCUGCUGUAAGAAAUCUCAUCACGGGGACAUGUCAGCACUAAGGAGCGUCAGCCACCUCUCUGGGUCCUCCCCCUUGGCAGGUGCCAGAGACACCUGAGUCUUCUCACCUUUCAGCGGCUUCCGUGGAAGUACUUUGGAGCCGCUAGGUCUUUCCCUGAAGGAACAAGCAGAAUGUGCGUCAAUAAAUUCAGACUCCACAGAGGAGUUUCAGAAUGUAAUGAUGUAUUAAAAUGAAAUGCAGCUCUGGAGCAUUUAGUAAUGGUAGCUGGAGUCUGACCUGGAAAUGGACGAAAACAAUGUCUCUCUGAACAUCCCGAAGCGAGUUUGCUUCUUACGCAGACCAGAGUAUGACAGGAAAAAAUAACGAGCCUGUCAAGAGCAUCUUGUGUUAUUGCUCUCAUGACAUCAUGGCCAUACAUGAAGCCUUACUGAUUGAAACUUGAAGAAAAAUGAGUAUAUUUACUCCGACAAGACAUUAAAUUUGCAUUGAUUUUCAAGUGCAACGUAUUUGUAUUAAUAAAUACGCAUACUAAUUUAA